AUGGAAGCGCAGCCCGCAACGUCGGCGGCAGCAGCGGCGGCGGCCCUCGGCAGCGGCGCCUGCCCCUCGGAGCCCCCCAAGGAUACGGACCGCCAGCUGCGCCUUCGCCUCUGCGUCCUCAACGAGAUCCUGGGCACCGAGCGGGACUACGUGGGCACCCUGCGCUUCUUGCAGUCGGCAUUUCUGCACCGAAUUAGACAAAAUGCUGUGGACAAAGCAGAGAAAUACAUAACAGAAGAAAAUGUCAAGAUUUUAUUUUCCAACAUAGAAGAUAUACUUGAAGUUCACAAGGACUUCCUGACUGCCCUGGAAUAUUGUUUACAACCGGAGCCUCAGUCUCAUCAUGAACUGGGAGAUGUUUUCUUAAAAUUUAAAGACAAGUUCUUUGUAUAUGAGGAAUAUUGCAGCAACCACGAAAAAGCACUCAGGCUCUUGAUGGAGUUGAACAAGAUCCCACCUGUGAGAGCAUUCCUGUUGAGCUGCAUGCUUUUGGGAGGCAGAAAGACAACUGACAUUCCACUUGAAGGUUAUCUCCUAACUCCAAUCCAGAGGAUUUGCAAAUACCCACUUCUCUUAAAGGAACUCGCCAAGAGAACUCCUGCUAAACACCCAGAUUACCAAGCAGUCCAGUAUGCCUUGCAGGCAAUGAAAGCAGUGUGUAUCAAUAUCAAUGAGACCAAGAGGCAGAUGGAGAAGUUGGAAGCCCUUGAACAGCUGCAGUCGCACAUUGAAGGAUGGGAGGGAUCCAACUUGACUGACAUCUGCACCCAGCUCCUGCUCCAAGGAACCUUGUUAAAAAUCUCAGCCGGUAACAUCCAAGAGAGAACAUUCUUUCUUUUUGAUAACCUUCUCGUUUACUGCAAGCGGAAAUCCAGGGUUGCUGGGAAAAAGACAUCUAAGCGCACCAAGUCUAUCAAUGGAUCCCUCCACAUUUUCAGGGGCCGAAUAAACACAGAAGUCAUGGAAGUUGAGAAUGUGGAGGACGGGACAGCAGAUUACCACAGCAAUGGUUACACAGUGACAAAUGGCUGGAAGAUACACAACACCGCCAAAAACAAGUGGUUCGUCUGUAUGGCCAAGACAGCAGAGGACAAGCAGAAAUGGCUGGACGCUAUAAUUAAGGAACGGGAACAAAGGGAGAGUCUGAAGUUAGGCAUGGAGAGGGAUGCGUAUGUCAUGAUCGCCGAGAAAGGGGAGAAGCUGUAUCACAUGAUGACGAACAAGAAAGUGAACCUUAUCAAAGACAGGAGGAGAAAAUUAAGCACUGUUGCCAAGUGCUUUCUUGGCAAUGAGUUUGUAUCCUGGCUCACAGAAAUUGGGGAGAUAAGCAAACCAGAGGAAGGGGUCAACCUGGGACAAGCUCUGCUAGAGAACGGCAUCAUUCAUCAUGUUUCAGAUAAGCACCACUUCAAGAAUGAGCAGGUGAUGUACAGGUUUCGUUACGAUGAUGGGACUUAUAAGCCAAGGAGUGAACUGGAAGACAUAAUGUCCAAGGGUGUGAGACUCUACUGCCGUCUGCACAGUCUUUAUACUCCUGUGGUAAAAGACCGAGAUUACCACUUGAAGACCUACAAGUCAGUGAUUCCAGGAAGUAAACUGGUGGAUUGGCUGAUUGCUCAGGGAGACUGCCAGACGAGGGAGGAAGCCGUCGCACUGGGUGUUGGACUCUGCAACAAUGGAUUCAUGCACCAUGUACUAGAGAAGAGUGAAUUCAAAGAUGAGUCUCAGUAUUUCCGCUUUCAUGCCGAUGAGGAGAUGGAAGGUACGAGUUCCAAGAGCAAGCCGUUACGAAACGACUUCAAGCUCCUCGAAAACAUCUUAGCCAAAAGCUUGCUGGUUUUACCAGAAGAGGAUGAGUAUGGAUUUGACAUAGAAGAAAAGAACAAAGCCAUUAUGGUGAAGUCUGUUCGUCGGGGGUCACAUGCAGAGAUGGCUGGCUUGCAGAUUGGACGGAAAAUUUAUUCCAUGAAUGAGGAUCUGGUGUUCCUGCGUCCAUUUCAAGAGGUGGAAACCAUCUUAAACCAGACUUUCUGCUCUCGGAGACCUCUUAGGCUUCUUGUGGCAACCAAGUCUAAAGAGAUUAUCAAAGUCCCAGACUGCAGAGAAAGGUUGUGCUUCCAGAUACGGGGAGUAGCACCGCCAUAUGUCCAUGCUGUGGGGAGAGGUUCAGAAGCUGGAGCUGUGGGGCUUCACCCUGGGCAGUGUGUUCUGAAAGUGAAUGGCAAUAACAUGAUGCAUGAAAAUUACACUGAAGUUCUGGAGCAUUUUACGUCAUACAGGAACCGGCAGCAGGAAUUUCUGGGUCUUUAUCAGUGGGUUUACCGAACCCAUGAAGAUGCUGAAGAGGACAGAGCUCAGCUGGCAGCUUCGAACUCAUACCUGAAUGGAAGUCUCUCUGAAUCUUGUAAAGGAGAUCUCUCAAUUGAUGAAAGUACAGAUCUUGAUCGCCUUAGUGACAGCCGACAAGAAGAAGACUUGGGCGUUCAGACGUUUGGCUCUCCUCUAAUCAUCAGAGAAGACACUCCUCUUAUCAGCCUGACAGUGGACAAUGUUCACCUAGAACAUGGUGUUGUGUACGAAUACGUCAGCACGGCUGGGAUCAGGUGCUUUGUCCUGGAGAAGAUCGUUGAGCCGAAGGGGUCCUUCAACCUCACAGCAAAGAUUUUAGAGGCCUUUGCUACAGAUGACAGCUACUUUGUGAGGAACUGCAGGAGGCUCAUGGCUCUGAGCAAUGCUCUGGAGACCAUGUCCCAGUAUGACUUCCGGCAGAUUUGUGACACAAAGCUGGAAAGUAUCAGCAGAAGAGUUGCCAGCUAUCAAGAGUUUGCAGAUGAGUUGAAGAUGAAGGUGAGCCCAGCCUUCAAAAAAGCCACCACUGAGCCUCACCCCCUGAACUGCAUGGAUUUCUGUCCCACCAACUGCCACAUUAACCUCAUGGAAGUGUCAUAUCCCAAAACCACUACCUCAACGGGAAGGUCAUUCAGCAUUCGCAUUGGGCGCAAGCCUUCCAUCAUUGGCCUUGAUCCAGAACAAGGAAACUUAAGUCCAGUCUCAUACACUCAGCAUUGUAUAGCCUCCAUGGCUGCACCAUCAUGGAGGUGCUUGACUCUGGAAAAUGGGGACCUCAACCCACAUGGACAGUAUGAUGGUUGCUACGGCCAAGAGAAUGGAGGAGCCAGUCAAGAGGAAAGAGGCCUUGCCUUUCUGCUGAAGCAAGAGGAUCGAGAGAUACAGGACUCCUAUUUGCAGCUCUUCAACAAACUAGACAUAGCAGUUAAGGAAAUGAAGCAAUACGUCUUUCAGAUCAAUAAGCUUUUGUCCUCCAUUACUGAACCUACAGCAGCUGGAUUAUGUGAGCCUCCCUCCACGGAGGAGAUAUCCCCCACAUCCUUGGUCACAGAGGACAGUGAUAUUGACAAAGUGGAGCAUGGCAUGAAGAAGGUUUGUUUCAAAGUAUCUGAGGAGGACCAGGAAGACUCGGGACAUGAUACAAUGAGUUACAGAGAUUCCUACAGUGAAUGCAACAGUAACAGGGACUCAGUACUUUCCUACACCAGUGUGCGGAGUAACAGCUCUUACUUGGGCAGUGAUGAAAUGGGAUCAGGUGAUGAACUUCCCAGUGACAUGAGGAUACCUUCAGACAAGCAAGACAAACUACAUGGCUGCCUCGAACAUCUUUUUAACCAGGUGGAUGCUAUCAAUACCCUCCUCAAAGGACCAGUAAUAAGCAAGGCUUUUGAAGAAACCAAACAUUUUCCAAUGGACCACAGUUUGCAAGAAUUUAAGCAGAAGGAGGAAACCACAAUUCGGAGCAGGAACAAGAUUCAAGUCAGCAUCCAAGAAGAUCCCUGGAACCUUCCACUCCGAAUAAAGAACCUCGUUGAGACCAUACAGAAAUAUGUGGAAGAUGGAAAGAAUCAGCUGCUUCUGGCCUUGCUGAAAUGCACAGACACAGAUCUGCAACUGAGACGAGAUGUGAUUUUCUGCCAGGCUCUGGUGGCUGCCAUCUGCACGUUCUCUGAGCAGUUAUUGGGUGCUCUCAACUACAGAUACAACAACAACGGGGAAUACGAAGAGAGCAGCCGGGAAGCCAGCAAGAAGUGGCUGGAGCAGAUAGCAGCCACAGGGGUGUUGCUCAACUACCAGUCCUUGCUCUCCCCCAGCGUGAGAGAAGAGAGAAUCAUGCUAGAAGAUAUACAGGCCACCCUCUCAGAGCUGGACAAAGUUGCCUUUUAUUUCAAGCAGCUGGACGAGUGCUUUGUAGCCAAUACCCACGUCUUCUAUCACAUUGAAGGGAAUCGACAGGUUUUGAAGGUCAUCUUUUACCUGGACAGCUACUACUUUUCAAAACUGCCUUCCCGGUUUCAGAAUGGGGGGAGCCUGAAGCUGCAUGCUGUGCUCUUUACAAAAGCCCUUGAAAAUCUGGAAAGCCACUCCCAGCCUGGUGGUCCAUCUCUAGAAGAGCUCCAGCAACAAAUCAAUUCCACCUCCCUUGAGAAGGUGCAGCAGUACUAUCGCAAGCUCAGGACGUUUUACCUCGAGAGAUCCAACUUGCCUACAGAUUCCAAUACUACAGCUGUGAAAAUUGAUCAGCUUAUUCGUCCCAUCAAUGCAAUGGAUGAGCUUUGCAGACUAAUGAAGUCUUUUGUCAGCACGAAAGGCAGUCAGGCUGGAUACUCCAACAGUUAUGUAGCUGGGGCUGGAUUGCUGCCUAUAUCCUCCGAACUCUGUUAUCGCCUCGGAGCCUGCCAGGUCGUAAUGUGUGGAACCGGGAUGCAAAGGAGUACAUUGAGUGUGUCCUUGGAGCAAGCGGCUAUAUUAGCUCGAAGUCACGGACUCUUACCCAAGUGUAUCAUGCAGGCAACAGAUAUAAUGAGAAAACAAGGACCAAGGGUUGAAAUCUCUGCAAAGAAUCUGAAAGUGAUGGAUCAGAUGCCACAAUCUGCACCCCGAAUCUACAAACUGUGUCAACCACCUGCCGACGGGGAUUUAUAAAAAUGAAGGAAACUCCCUUGUCCUGGAGUCACAGAAGCGUUCCACAAAGAGUGCUGCUGCUUGAGCACUGAUCCUAUUUUAUGCCAAUGGUGCUGAGUCCAGAGAGGAAAGUACUGGGUUCUGUGUUUCUAGGCAGUUCGGUGCACUAAGAAACUGCCUUUCCACUCAUCUCCGGCCGAAUUACGUCGGCAGGCAUGGUUACCCUUUCUGGGUUUGCUGCAGGAGUUCUCAGAAAGUUUGGAUUGAGGAAUUACCUUCUGCCUUGUACCACGAAUAAUAUGGCAGACAGAAACUGCAAUGGCUGGACAUUGUGAACUUUUGAGUUUUGGAUGGGCAAAGCAAAUCCAAGGUGAAGCACAUCUACCUGACGUAGUGUUUGGGAUUUUCAUCCAGUUUCUGGCACAGUGCUGGCCAGUGGUCUUGAAUAAGAGCCUCACAAACACUCUUUUUAAAAAUACAUAUGUAUAUGUAUAUAUAUCCACUUGCACUUUGAAAUUGUGAAUGGCACAGAUCUCUGGUUUGCUCAAAGGAUUUCUCCCGGAGCCAUUUUCCACUCCAACCCUGUAUAAACCAAACUCUUCUCUGCAGAGACUGUACAUUCCAUAAGACUUUCUACAAGAACUUCCUUUUAACUUUUACUGUAAAGUUCAGGGUUUGCAGUUAACACUUUUUACUAAUGGUCCAUUAUGUAUUCUGGAAAUACAGUAAUAUUUUACAGAUGAGAUUAACAAUGAAGGAUUUUUUUUAAGGUAAGACAUUUUGAAGAGGGAAGCAAAACACAGCCCUGUGUCCCAAUAAUUUAAACAGAUGAAGGUUCUUAAAAACAAGGAUAGAACUAUGCUUAUUUAUGUCGAGUGGAAUAUCUGUUUUGGAACCUGUUACUUUAUAUACAAGAAUUAAAUAAAAAAAAUGUUUCAAAUGGGGCCAAUAUGCUGGCAAAGAUAUAGUAGUUCUCCAUUCAUUGAAAAUAUUGUUACUUUAUUUAAAUCCCUGCAGUAUUUAAGUAGCCUUUAAUACUUUUUUUUUUUAAAAAAAAUAGAUUACAAUGGAUUGUAAGUUAAAAAAAACCUUGGUUUUGUAAAUAAUGUACUUUAUUUUUCUCUGUUUUAGAAAUGGUUUCUGUUUGAUCAGUAUUAUUACUAGCAUGGUAAUUUGUUCCAAAUUACUUGCUGCAAUGAAAAAAUAUCAGCAAUCUCAGGCCAGGAAUAACAUUAUUUUGGAGUGAGUGCCUUAAAUGGAUGAUCCAUAUUGGUCAAGAUACAAAGAUAUUGAAGGAGUAUAAAAACAAAACUAACGUUCUUCUAUAUCAUAGUGGAUUAAAACCAGUGUUUCCUCUGAACUGCUUAUGGUGGAGUAUGCAUAGAAGUUCAUUAAAGUGACUUCUGUAUUUAGCACAUGGAGGAGAGAUAUUUUGAUUUUGGCUUCAAAUAGGGCAUUUAAUAAACUCCAGUGUUUCCUAACAAUCCAACCCUUCUUCUUAUGUAUUACAUUAAAAAAUGUUCUGUUUCCACUCUGGCUGAGGAAGCCAUUUUUUUAUUUUUUUUUACAGAAGGUAGGGUGGAGUGGCAAAGACUAAGCCUAUUUGAGACUCCGGUUUCAGGGCAAACUCAUUUUGAGUAAAUAGGACUGGCAUAGAGUAAGCAGCCAGCAGAUGGUGGUAUUGGGCUUGCCGGUGGAAACUUGCGCAGGAAGAACCAUAACAAGAUUGAAUUAGAGGAAUCAUUGUCCUUAAGCAAAAUACAGAGUGGGGCCCAGCUUAGACUGGUACAAUUAGAAAACUGGGAAUUUUUUCCUCAGCAAACAAAUGUACCCAUCCUGCUCCUCACAAUUGCUUUCAACUGCUGCAGUUUAAAAACAAUGGCCUUCCCUUCUCAUCAUGUGAUACCGUUAGCACCCAGAUGUAAGAGAAUUUAAUACAGCUUGGCCAGCAGGUGGUUUUAUAAAAAGGACCUUUGGCUACACGGUUGUGAAAGUGGCUGUGUGAAUGGGCUUGGGGAAAAGUACAAUGGAAACAGAUACAUAUAUAACAAUCCUUGGAAAGGCCCAGCCCCCAUUCAUCAGCCUCAAUUCCUCCAAAUUCAUUUAGACAUCCGUGAAGACUGAUGUGUAUGACCAGUUUCAGUGUCCCAAUUGUGCAUGGAGACGGGUGAAAUGGUAACCAUGCCAGGGGCUCAGGUGCCAUGUAGUGUACUAUCAGGCAAGAUCUCAUUGAAGCAUUUGUAGUGGUGCGCUCAGGAUGGCUCGGAACAGGACAGAUCCAUCACUUUGCGUGGCCCGCUGAUUCAUUUUAACAUGUACAUAAUUGGUACUGUUAAAGCUAUGAAAGGCUGCCCUGUACCAUGGCAAGGAGGGAGUUCGCUAGGUAAAACAUGAAGGCUCCCUUUACACAUUACCCUCCCCUUCCCUCCCCCAUUCAUUCACGUAAACAUGGAGAGGGAAGCAGGACUGUUCCUGGUGACUCCUGGCCUUCAUCUCUGCAUAUUUGGCAGAUGAAAAUAGGAACCAAUGUGUGGGGUGUCUGGGAACAUGCCUAUAGAGUGCAAGGUAAAGAGCAGUUAUUGUAGCUCAAGUAGAACUCACUACACUCUUGCUAUGAGUGGGCUUAGACUCACCCAGGGCAUUAAUAUCCAAGCGAGAUCCCCUCCCCCACCAUGCUCUGACUUGGAGCAUCCAUUGGAUGCUUCUUGCCAGGCUUCCCCUCUCUCAGCUCCAGUCCUGCUCCUUCUUUCAGUGUGUGCAGGAUUGCAACUGAAACGUCAGUGAUCACAACGGUGAAAACUCAAAACCCCAGAACUCACGUACAGCUGAGUUUCCUGUUGCCUGCAGAUAGAGGGCCCAGAGCUAUAGGUUAGAGGGGCAGUGCACACACAUUCCAUAUUAUUUUUCCUUAAUGGAGAAGAAGUGGUGGGAAAACACAUGAUGGCUAUGAUUGGAAGACCAUGACAGGAGGAUGAUGGUGGGAUAAAAGCCGCCUCUGUAAGCACCCCCCCUCCCUCCCUCCCUCCCUCCCCCCUCUCUUUCACAAACACACAAAGCAAUUAUUUUUCUUUAGAAGAACCUUUAUGGGGGAUUUCUGCAACCUUUAGAACUGUCUUUGCCAAUCAAAGAAAGAACUCACAGAAAUGGUAUUUUUAUAGCAAUGGAAAAGUGGCAUUUUUCAGAUGUACUGUAUGUAUAUAAAAAGUACAAGGUUAUUGUGAAGUCAAUUCCUGUAGUGUUCUUUUAUUUUUUUUCCUAGCUGUACUGUUAAUGGAAUGGAUUCUGAGUUACUGUGUAUAUGUGUCCUAUCAUAAGAUAAAUGA